AUGGCGACCGAGACAGUGACCAAGCCGAGGGUGAAGUUGGGCAAGCAGGAAAAGCUGGCGCCAGAGAACAUUCGUUAUAUGGCUGCUUGUACCGAUAUAGCCAAUGCUCUCAUUCAGGAAUAUGAGUCCAAUCUGGAUUCAUCCAAGCCAAAGAAGGAUGUCAAUCUCAACCGACUCAGAGGCGAUGUUGCCAAGAGACACAGACUUAGCAAUCUACCACCACUCACAGCCAUUCUGUCUGCUGUUCCCGAGAAUUACAGGAAGCUGUUAAUGGCUAAGUUAAUGGCUAAGCCAGUGAGGUCCGCAAGUGGAAUUGCCGUUGUCGCUUGCAUGAGUAAGCCUCAUCGCUGUCCUCACAUCGCCUUUACGGGAAAUGCAUGCGUCUAUUGCCCAGGAGGACCAGAUUCCGACUUCGAAUACUCCACCCAGUCAUACACGGGAUAUGAACCCACUUCGAUGCGAGCGAUCCGUGCCCGUUAUGAUCCAUUCGAACAGGCUCGUGGAAGGAUCGACCAAAUCCGUUCUCUUGGCCACAGCGUUGACAAAGUCGAAUUCAUCCUCAUGGGUGGAACCUUCAUGUCGCUGCCAAGCAGUUACAGGGAAGACUUUGUCGCUCAGUUGCACAAUGCCUGUUCAGGCUAUCAAACCAGCAAUGUUGACGAGGCGGUCAUGGCAGGCGAGAUGGCCAGUAUCAAGUGCGUUGGCCUCACUAUAGAGACUCGACCGGACCAUUGCCAGACACAACACCUCACUGAUAUGCUGCGGUAUGGCUGUACCCGCCUGGAGCUCGGAGUUCAAUCCUUGUACGAGGAUGUUGCUCGUGACACCAACAGAGGCCACACCGUAGCAUCGGUGGUGGAGACGUUCAAGUUAUGCAAAGAUGCAGGCUUCAAGGUGGUCUCACACAUGAUGCCUGACUUACCCAACGUUGGAAUGGAACGAGAUAUCUUCCAGUUUCAGGAAUAUUUCGAAAACCCAGACUUCCGAACCGAUGGCCUCAAAAUCUACCCGACGCUAGUGAUUCGAGGCACCGGACUUUACGAGCUUUGGCGGACCGGCCGAUACAAGAACUAUACUCCAAAUGCCCUUGUCGAUUUGGUGGCUCGUAUCCUAGCCCUUAUUCCUCCUUGGACUAGAAUCUAUCGAGUGCAACGAGAUAUCCCCAUGCCACUGGUAACUUCGGGCGUGGAAAAUGGCAAUCUGAGAGAGUUGGCGCUCUCUCGAAUGAAGGACUUCGGCACCACCUGCCGUGAUGUCCGCACCAGAGAAGUGGGCAUUAAUGAAGUCAAGAACAAGAUCAGACCUUCACAGGUGGAGCUCGUGAGAAGAGACUACACUGCGAAUGGUGGCUGGGAGACAUUCCUUGCCUACGAAGAUCCAAAGCAGGAUAUCCUUAUUGCGAUGCUAAGGUUGAGAAAGUGCUCAGAAACCCACACUUUCCGCCCAGAACUCACUGGCCAGCCAACUAGCAUCGUGCGAGAGCUUCACGUUUAUGGACUAGCUGUCCCCAUCCACGGUCGUGAGAAGAGUAGAUUUCAGCACCAAGGUUAUGGAACACUUCUGAUGAAUGAAGCCGAGAGAAUCGCUCGAGAUGAGCACUGUAGUGAGAAGUUGAGUGUCAUCAGUGGAGUGGGCGUACGAAGCUACUAUGAACGCCUGGGAUACACACUUGAUGGUCCAUAUAUGAGCAAAAAGUUGUCCUUUGAUGACGAUGAAGAACCCGAUGCUUGA